UGGGCAUUUAUGGCGAGCCCAUGGAGACGGCUCGUCCAAAUGACGCCAUGAAUUCUCAAUCGGCGUUAACCAAAUCGAUGUUACUAGGCUUCCGUUUCGACUCGGACUCCGAAACCGGCCGGGGUUAUCCGUGAGUGCAAGCGGCCGGAGAGAGAGACCGCUUGCGUGCUUGGAGAGACCGGUGAUGGCGGUGGACAUGGGGAAGCUGCGGUGGGGGGAGCUGGAGGACGACGCGGAGGACCUCGACUUCCUGCUGCCGCCGCGGGUGGUAGUCGGGCCCGACGAGAACGGGGUGAAGAAGGUGACCGAGUACCGGUUCGACGACGAGGGCAACAAGGUCCGGGUCACCACCACCACCCACGUCCGCAAGCUCACCCGUGCCCGCCUUAGCAAGCGCGCCCUCGAGCGCCGCUCCUGGCCCAAGUUUGGUGACGCCGCCCACGAGGACGCCGGCGCCCGCCUCACCAUGGUCUCCACCGAGGAGAUCCUCCUCGAGCGCCCCCGCGCUCCCGGCAGCAAAGCAGAAGAACCAAAGGUUGCAGGGGAUCCACUGGCUGCCAUGGGCAAAGCCGGUGCUGUCCUCAUGGUGUGCAGGACUUGUGGCAAGAAGGGUGACCACUGGACGUCCAAGUGCCCCUACAAGGAUCUCGCCCCGCAAACAGACAGUUUCGUCGACAAGCCCCCAGGUGCUGAAAGUGCAGCUUCAUCUGCGGGCACCGGCAAGGGUGCCUACGUGCCCCCAAGCAUGAGAGCCGGUGCAGAGAGGAGUGGCACUGAGAUGAGGCGUCGGAACGAUGAGAACUCGGUUCGUGUAACCAAUCUCUCGGAAGACACCCGUGAGCCUGACCUGUUGGAGCUCUUUCGGACAUUUGGCCCUGUGACUCGUGUCUAUGUUGCUGUGGACCAGAAGACUGGAGUUAGUCGAGGAUUUGGUUUUGUCAACUUCGUCAAUAGGGAAGAUGCGGAGCGAGCCAUCAACAAACUUAACGGCUAUGGCUAUGACAACCUUAUCCUACGGGUUGAGUUGGCGACUCCACGGCCAAAUUGAGGUGCUGCAAUCUGCAAGCUUUUUAGCAUAUUAUUACAUGUUCUUAAGACAGCUUCAGUGGCUUCAUAAUUUUGACCUAAAAGUACGUUUGAAUCUUUCAUAAUUCGAACAGGACAGUAAUGCAUUUAUGUUAAGCUCA